UUUGGAGCUGAGAACGACAACAAACCCAUUUAACUCAAAAACUAAAAAUGGAACCAGAGCCACCACCACCACCAUUCUCCUCUUCCUCAUCCAAAAACGACACCAAAUUGGCCAAAACGACAGACUUAUUCCCAUUAACAGACGAUCUUCUCCACAAAAUUCUCUCCAGACUACCGGCGGUGUCGUUUGCUUCGGCUGCUUGCGUCAGCAAGUCCUGGAAUCACCUCUGUAACCAGGUCCUCUCUCGUCCCAAGCUCGCCUCCGCUCUCUCUCUCGAUCCUUCUCCAGAGAUUGCUGUGAGUGAGGUUGUUGAUAAAGUUCUUGCUGAGCCAAUUCGACCCCAUUUCGUUCUUGCAAGUAUUGGAAGUGGGUUUCGCUUGUAUGACGUUUCCAGACUUAUUUCAAGGAAAUUGGGUUCGAAAACACCAUUGAUUAUAUCAACUUCUCUUGGAGUAAUUGGAAGAGAUGCUGUUACUGAUGAAGUUACAGAGGUUAAGUGGAUUAGUUUGGCUGGAGAUUUAAGUGAUGAUGAUGGCUCAGUAACUGCAGAAGAUGACAACUUUGGUAUAGUUUUAACAGUUGGAUUUGUGCCAGGACUAGUAGUUGAUGUUGUCCCAUUGUUACGGCCAACAAAGGAACCUCGAAAUGCAAUGCUUGAGAAAUUUGUUACAGACAUAAGGGGUUUCUGCUCCUCUGUUUCGGGUGGUCAAUCCCCAGUAGGGAUUAUUGUCUUCGGAAUGGAACAGGAAGGGCUUGUUGACAUGAAACCAAUAGUCAACAUUUUGGAUUAUGCUAUGCCCAAGGAGACUGUUAUUGUGGGUGAUGAGAGAGGUCGCUUUUUGUACAAGAGUGGAAAUGAGUCCCGAAAUUUCUGUGGAAGUGCAAAAUACUUUACUGAUGCAGUAGCUCUUGUAUUUGCCAAGGAUAGAAACAGGGCUUACGGCAAUGGAAACAUUCAAUUCCAUGUCGCAUUAUCCAAUGGAGUGACACCAGUUGGCCCACGAUACAAGGCAGCUUCUGUUAAAAGGAAUUGUUCUGAUCAUUCAACUUGGCUGACGGCGAAAUUAGAAGGGCAACAGGCUGUUCUCGAUGGGCAAAGAAUUUUGAAUGAUAUCAAUGAUGAGUUGGGGGAUCAUGCUGGUUCUUCUGAUCUGUACAUUGGAGUUACGACGAGGAGAAAUUGUUCUAUCCGAUCAGAAAAGCCAAGAUUGCUAACAUCUUUAGCUUUCCAUGGAGUUGUAGAGGGAGAUGAAGAGUAUCUUUAUGUAAGCGGUGAAGGUAUCAGAACAGGAGAUUACUUUCAAUUCUACCGUUCGGAUCCUGAAGCUGCAUUGAGCUCAAUCAUUAGUGUCACUCAAAAGAUACAAAACUUAAAGCUAGAUCAAAACCAGAAGAACAGCUGUUCUCAAAUUUUUGGAGGUUUGAUUUUCUCAUGUUACGGCCGCAGUGAACCCUUCUUUGCAAGCAACGUCGACAGUGUCCCAUUUCUUGAGAAUUUAGCCGAGGUUCCAUUCGGUGGAAUAUUUUGUGGAGGGGAAAUUGGGCGUGGCCCUUCGAGCUUGGUUGACGAAGAUCGGCAAGAAAGUCCUGUCAGCUGCUGUCUGCAUGUCUAUAGCACUGUUUAUCUUGUGAUGACAUGUACUCCUCCUUAGAAUUGCUAGUUACCAUUUUGAAUGAUAAGGGUUGUGUUGUGUUGUGUUGUGUUGUGUUGUGUGAUGUUGGAAAUUAAUUAGCACAUGUCCAUGAAGUUGAUAUUCAUGCUGUAAUGUUUCUUCUAAUUGGAAAUGAAAUAAGUGUUUUUGUUUUGUAAA